AAAAACAUAUACAUAACUUUAUAUUAUCACACACAUUUUCAUCAUAUUAACAUUCACACCUAUUUCUUGUUUAUAAAGUUUUUGUUCUAAUUUGUAUCAGCAAAUUAAAUGCAAAAUAUGGGUACAGAUGAUGGAAGAAAUGGGUUGUCAGAAAAUUACAACCGUCAUGAUCAUUACCACUCCGACACAGAAGUUGUCGAGGUGGAUAGAAAGGACAGGAAAGGGUUCAGCGGCCCAUUGAGUGGGCCGCUAAACAAAAGAACUGGCAGAAAAAGUGCCAGGUUUUAUAUCCCUGAUGGUGCUCCUGGAAGUAGCAGUGUUGGCUCCAUGAAGUCUAGCAACAACGAUGAUUACGUUGAGAUCACUUUGGAUGUCCGGGAUGACACGGUGGCAUUGCAUAGUGUCAAGACGGCAGGUGGUAUGGACGUAGAAGACCCUGAGCUAACUUUGUUGGCUAAAGGUUUGGAAAAAAGGUCGUCUUUUGGGUCAUCAGUGGUGCGAAAUGCUUCUGCAAAAAUCAGGCAAGUGUCCGAAGAGCUGAGGCGAUUGACUUCUUUCUCUAAACGACCCCAUGGUCGUUUAGAGAGAACGAAAUCCGCUGCAGCUCAUGCUUUAAAGGGACUCAAGUUCAUUAGCAAGAGUGAGGGUGGUGCAGCAUGGGCUGCCUUAGAGAAACGGUUUGAUGAUCUUACUGUAAAAACCAAUGGCUUACUUCCACGUGCACUUUUCGGCGAAUGCAUUGGAAUGAACAAAGAGUCCAAAGAUUUUGCCGGAGAACUAUUUGAUUCGCUUAGCCGCCGGAGGAAUAUCACAGGAGACGUGAUUAACAAAGCACAACUGAAAGAAUUUUGGGACCAAAUUGCUGAUCAAAGUUUUGAUUCAAGGCUACAAACUUUCUUUGACAUGGUAGAUAAAGAUGCAGAUGGUAGGAUAACAGAAGAUGAAGUUAGGGAGAUUAUUAGCUUGAGUGCAUCAGCCAACAAGUUGUCUAAUAUACAAAAACAAGCAGAUGAAUAUGCAGCCUUGAUCAUGGAAGAACUAGACCCUGACAACCAAGGUUACAUUAUGAUUGAGAACUUGGAGAUGCUAUUGUUACAAGCGCCGACACAUAACGUGAGAGGAGAAAGCAAAAACUUGAGCCAAAUGUUGAGCCAAAAGCUAAAAUCGACACAUUAUGGUAAUCCGAUAAGAAGAUGGUAUGAAGAUUUGAAGUUCUUUUUACAGGAUAAUUGGCAGAGAUGUUGGGUCCUUGUACUUUGGAUAGGGGUGAUGGCUGGUCUGUUUACAUGGAAAUAUAUUCAAUACAAAGAUAGAGCGGUGUAUAAGGUAUUGGGGCCAUGUGUAUGUAUAGCUAAAGGAGCAGCAGAGACAUUAAAGUUGAAUAUGGCCCUUAUAUUGUUACCUGUUUGUCGAAACACAAUCACAUGGUUGAGAAACAAGACCCGGUUGGGUGUGGCGGUUCCAUUUGAUGACAAUCUCAACUUUCACAAAGUGAUUGCAGUGGCAAUUAGUAUUGGAGUUGGGUUACAUGCCAUUUCCCAUUUAACAUGUGACUUCCCUCGACUAAUUCACGCAACAGAGGAAGAGUAUGCACCGAUGCAACAAUACUUUGGGGAUCAAGCCAAAAAUUACUGGCAUUUUGUGAAGGAAGCAGAAGGGUAUACAGGAAUUGCAAUGGUAGUACUAAUGACAAUCGCCUUUACAUUAGCAACCCCAUGGCUACGACGAGGCAAGCUAAACCUACCAACAUUCCUAAAGAAACUAACAGGGUUUAAUGCAUUUUGGUAUUCCCACCAUCUCUUUGUUAUUGUAUAUGGGUUACUCAUAGUUCACGGGAUCAAACUUUACCUCACCAAGAAAUGGUACAAGAAGACGACAUGGAUGUAUAUAGCAAUUCCAAUCUUGCUCUAUGCUUGUGAGAGAUUAAUAAGGGCGUUUCGUUCGAGUGUCAAGCCAGUCAAAAUACUUAAGGUGGCUGUUUAUCCGGGAAAUGUGUUGGCACUUCAUAUGUCAAAGCCUCAGGGCUUCAAAUACAAGAGUGGACAAUACAUGUUUGUCAACUGUGCUGCUGUCUCUCCAUUUGAAUGGCACCCAUUUUCCAUCACUUCUGCCCCUGGAGAUGACUACUUGAGCGUGCAUAUUCGGACUCUCGGUGAUUGGACCAGGCAACUAAAAACAGUCUUUUCAGAGGUAUGCCAGCCUCCACGUAAUGGGAAAAGUGGGCUCCUUAGAGCUGAAAGCCAAGGAGAAAAUCCAAAUUUCCCGAGAGUUUUGAUUGAUGGUCCAUAUGGAGCACCAGCACAAGAUUAUAAAAAAUACGAUGUGGUGUUGCUAGUGGGGUUAGGAAUUGGAGCAACCCCUAUGAUAAGCAUUGUGAAAGACAUUGUAAAUAACAUGAAAGCCAAAGAAGAGGAAGAAAAUACCGUGGAAAAUGGAGGCACAUUACAAAAGACUAAAUCUGGGCCAACAAGUGCAAAUAACUUUAGAACAACACGAGCUUACUUCUAUUGGGUUACUAGGGAACAGGGUUCAUUCGAUUGGUUUAAAGGAGUUAUGAAUGAGGCUGCUGAAAUGGACAAAAAUGGUGUUAUAGAGAUGCAUAAUUAUUGUACAAGUGUUUACGAAGAAGGUGACGCAAGAUCUGCCUUAAUUACUAUGCUCCAGUCACUUAAUCAUGCCAAAAAUGGUGUUGAUGUUGUCUCGGGUACUCGUGUUAAGUCUCAUUUUGCAAAACCCAACUGGCGCAAUGUCUACAAGAGGAUUGCUCUUAAUCAUACCGGUUCCAGAAUAGGGGUAUUCUAUUGUGGAGCACCGGCACCAACAAAAGAACUAAAACAACUAGCUUCAGAUUUCUCACAUAAGACAUCAACCAAAUUCGAUUUUCACAAAGAGAACUUCUAAGGAAGUUUUUCCUAUUUUGCAUCAACAAAUUAUACCCCUUCUAGAAACAUACAUCAUCUGUACAGAUAAGUGAAGAUCAAGGCUGCUAUAGUGCCAUAGUUUAAGAUUAAUGUUUUUUUAUGUUUUUAUUCAUGGUGUUUUUUUAUAAACAUAGUAUGAGAUUUGUAAAAGGAUAAUGCAAGGAGUAUAGGGACAUCCAUGAUUGUUGUGGCUGCCAGCAAAGUUAGUGGGAAAUUUGUUACAAAUAAUUAACAAGUAGAAUCCACCAUCAAGCUCUUUAUAGAAUUAAAGAAAGAUGUUAUAGUAAAUGACAUUAUGUCAUCCUUACGUCAUGGUGGUUGGUUGUCAAAUUAAGUAAAUUUUAUUUGUUCAAUUUAAUUCUUCUUGUUUUAUUACUUAUGAUUAUUAAGGAAGCUAUGUAUAUUAAUUAAUUAUAUUUUUGUCCA